UAAGGUAUCAUAUAGCCUCGUGUCAGACCAUCCUGAAUAAAAUAAUAAACAAAUAAAAUAAAGAUCUAAGAUGAAAAAUGGACCAUGGUCAAUUAGACGUGGACAAGCAACUACAAGAACUAAAAUCCUUCACAGAAAAUAUAGAUAAGAAGUUAAACGAGAUAACUUCCGUUCUAGGAUGGAGCACCGACAGUAUAAAAAACUAUACCCCGCCAAUAAUUUGUCCAUUUGACAAAGCGCAUUGUUUGUCAGACAAGAGGUUGGAUGAACAUUUAGAAAAAUGUCUAUGGAGAGCAGAAGGUUAUGGAGAUUCGGAUGUCCCCUUGUCUUUACCAACUCUACCAGCAGAUUCUCCUUUUUGCAUACAGAUGACCGAGAGCCUGCAGGACGAGAUUUUGAAGUCAGCGAAACUGAGGAACUCAUCUCUAGCAAUAGGCGGCAGCGAUAGAUUAAUACCUCGAACUUCGGACCGACUGACUGCUGACUUUACUGCUGAUGAAAGGAAAGCACUCUAUGAAUAUUAUUUAGCACAUACGGCUCAACCAGACAUCGGAGAAGACAUCGCUGACUUAAAUAAACCAAAAAAAUCAAACGACCAAAAAAGGACAUCGUACCUGGAGCUGCUGGCGCAUGAAAGAGAUUUGAAGCGACGUCGAGCUAAGCAUCGAGGAGUUCACACAAAUAAAAAAUCGCAAAUAGAAAUAUUACGUGAAGUCAUCAAUCAGCAGAUGGAGAUGCUGACGGAGUACAUCGCCGAGAAAAAUUACAAUGGAGCUGUUGGAACUGAGGCUGUGAAAGAAGAAGUAGAAGACACCAAUGAACUAAAAAUAAAAAAUCGGCACAAAGAACGGAAAGACUCAGAGAAACCUAGACCACAUUCUGACCAUUCUAACGGCAGAGGAACUUCUAGUCAUCGGGAUAAUGAUGAUCGACACAAAUAUUCACACAAACAUUCGAGACGUGAGUCAGACUAUGAUGGAAGAAGUGGAAAACGCAGCAGAGAUUACGAAGACUUUAAACAUUCCAAGCAUCACCACUACCCAAGAGAUCAGGACAGACAUCACCGGCAUCAUCAUCAGCAUUCAGAUGAACCAAAUCACAGAAGUCAUGAUAAAUAUUCGAAGCACAGCCAUGAGAAACUGCACAGCUCUCGAGAUCGGGACAGAUCACGUGGAGAUUCAAACCCUUCGAAAAAAUAUAAAUACGAUGAAAAAAAAUCACAUAGAAGACACUAAUUUAUUUUUAAUUAAAUAAAGAUAAUUUUCAAUUA